AUGCCGAGUGCGCCCUCGGAGGCCCCUCUGGCCUCCGAGAGUCGCAGUGAUGAGGCCACCACAACCCCUGUGUAUCAAUUGACAGAAUACUAUGUAGAGGGCAAGCUGGAUGAUUGCACACAACACUGGAGCAACUUUAUCAACUGCAUGAAGCAGAAGACAAAAUUCAAGGACGUGGACCCAGAGGAGACCUCCUCCCAUCACCCUCUAUGGACACUGCGUACCCCCGAGGAGGCAGCUGCAGCCUGGAAUGCAGAGUUCCAACCCGGCACUGCCUCCCCGCCCAGCGCCAACAAGGAAACAGUGGCAUGA